AUGCGUGAGCAUAUCCAAGCACAAUACAUCCGCCCGCAGAGCUUCUCGCCACCCCAGACCCUCGGUUCCGACAUCACCAUUGAGCGCGUUGAUGUAAACAACUGGCCCCUGUACCGCAUUUCCUCCUCGCCAUUCUCCUCGGAAAAAGGAGAUGAGACCAACCGCCCUGCGAUGCUGUACUGCCAUGGCGGCGCCUUCGUCAAUGAAAUUGUAUCUCAGCAUUACAAGCUUGUGGCGCAGAUUGCUAGGGACACCGGGCUUGACGUACUCGUCCCCAUCUACCCUCUCAUCCCUCGACCCACGGCCACUGCUCAGCAAAUCGUCGGGGGACUGCACGAGAUCAUGGCCCGAAUCAAGCAGCCCGUUGUCAGCAUCGGCGGUGACUCGGCGGGAGGCAAUUUGGCAAUGUUGCUCGCGCAACAUCUCGUGCGCAUGCAAUCAGAUCUAAUAUCACGGGUCAGAUCACUCGUUCUGAUCUCGCCUGCGCUGGAUGGUACCUUCAGCCACCCCAAGAUCAAAAGAUUGCGAUCCAAUGACCCGUGGCUUAGCCCCGAAGGUUUACACGUUGUCUCGGAUAUGUUCAGUGGGGGUUUAGCAGCUUCAGAUCCCAGAAUAAGCCCGCUCUUUGGCGACAUUGUAGACUUGCCUCCAAUCUUGCUCCUCUCCGGAACACAUGACAUGCUAUGCGCAGACGCAAGACGUCUCAGUGCUCGGUUCCGUAACGGCGGUAUAUCCUCAGAUAUGAAUGACUGGAUGGCAGGGAGUGUUGAGUUGAAAAGGUUUAAGUAUGUUGAGGUAGAGGAGAUGAUUCACGUAUGGCCGCUUAUGCCGUCACCGGAAGGCGCAGAAGCACGAAAGAUAAUAGUAGAGUUUAUCAGAAAGUAUCUAUAA